CACCCGUCGGGAUCACGUGCCCAUUUUAUGGGGAACUUUCUUCUCACCAUCGAGACAACUCCAUCAUGUCCUACCGACUCCUUGGGAUGACGUUAAAAAAUGAGCACAUUGCCCUGGGUGUGCUGCUCACUGCGGCUGGCAUUGGUGUCGGAGCGUCACGAAAGGAAACCAAGAAGCCCACCGCUGCUCCAGAAAAAGCGUCAAGUAUCGUCGACUCGGUGAAGACCACAUUCGGCUCGGAGGAUGAAGAGAAGUUGUAAGUCCUAUUUGUGCAUCAUCUAAUGGUUCUCUCACUAUAUGGUGCACCUAGCAUCCGUAAUUGGAUCGCCCAGGCGGAAAAAGAAGAUGCUAAACACUAAAACAUCUUUCG